CCCUACAGAAAAGAAAGAAAGGAAGGAAGGCUGCCGCUGCUCUUCCUUUUCUCUUUUGCUCCUCUCACACAAAACCCACGCCCGGAAGAAACAAGAAACCAAAACCCCACCUGCGCCGCGCAUUCAGACGUCGUACGAACGAGAGAGAGUACAGGGGAGAUCGAGGGCGUUGGUGGUUGCGGGCCGGAGAGGGGGCUAGAUGGCGGCGGCGGUCGCGGCGGCCGUCUUGGUGGCGGCGGCGCUCGUGGUGGCGUCGGCGUCCGCGGCGGCGGCCGGCGGCGCCACGCAGGAGGUGCGGUGGGAGGUCGGCUACAUGACGGUGGCGCCGCUCGGCGUCUCGCAGAAGGUGAUUGCGAUCAACAACCAGUUUCCUGGCCCACUCCUGAACGUGACGACCAACUUGAACGUGAGAGUGAACGUCCAAAACAACCUGGAUGAGCCCCUCCUCCUCACCUGGGAUGGCAUCCAGAUGAGGAUGAACUCAUGGCAGGACGGCGUCGCCGGCACCAACUGCCCUAUCCCUGCCGGCUGGAACUGGACCUACCAGUUCCAGCUCAAGGACCAGAUCGGCAGCUUCUUCUACUUCCCUUCACUCGGCCUCCAGCGUGCCGCAGGUGGGUAUGGCCCCAUCACCAUCAACAACCGCCCCGUCGUGCCGGUCCCCUUUGGUCAGCCCGAUGGCGACAUCACCUUGUUCAUUGGAGAUUGGUACACCAAGAGCCACAUUGAAUUGAGAGACAUGCUAGAUGAUGGCAAGGAUCUUGGGAUACCUGAUGGGAUUCUGAUCAAUGGAAAGGGACCUUACAGAUAUGAUACCACACUGGUUCCAGAAGGCCUUCAAUAUGAAAUUGUCGGAGUUGAGCCAGGCAAAACAUAUCGGUUCCGUGUUCACAAUGUCGGCACCUCAACCAGCCUCAACUUCAGAAUCCAGAACCACAACAUGCUUCUCGUGGAGGCUGAAGGAACCUACACUAAUCAGCAGAAUUACACCAACCUCGACAUCCAUGUGGGACAGUCAUACUCUUUCUUGGUGACCAUGGACCAAAAUGCGAGCACGGACUACCACAUCGUGGCCAGUCCAAGGUUUGUGGGCAGCGAGCCUCGCUGGCAUGAUGUGAAUGGUGUAGCCAUACUGCAGUACUCAAACUCCAAAAGCAGCGCUUCUGGCCCCCUCCCUGCUGCUCCAAAUGAUUUCUAUGACAAGUACUACUCCGUGAACCAGGCAAGGUCUAUCAGAAUGAAUGGGAGUUCAGGUGCUGCCCGUCCGAACCCGCAGGGAUCAUUCCACUACAGUUCGAUCAAUAUCACGCAGACCUUCGUCCUAAAAAAUGAGUCGCCCUUGCGCAUCGAUGGGAAGCGUCGAAGGACGAUUAAUAGAGUUUCGUACUCCCCUCCUGAGACUCCACUGAGACUUGCUGAUCUCCACAACCUGACCGGGGUCUACAAAACUGACUUCCCCACAACGCCAAGCAAUGCACCACCAUUGAGGGCUUCGUUUGUGCUGAAUGCUUCUUACAAGGGCUUCCUCGAGAUCGUCUUCCAGAACAAUGAAACUGAUGUUCAGACCUACCAUCUGGAUGGUUAUUCAUUCUUUGUCGUCGGGAUGGAUUAUGGCGAGUGGACGCCAAACAGCAGGGGAGCGUACAACAAGUGGGAUGCCAUCUCUCGCAGUACAACUCAGGUCUUUCCUGGAGGGUGGACUGCAGUUCUGGUCUCUCUCGAUAAUGUAGGCAUCUGGAAUCUCCGUGCCGAGAAGCUGGAUAACUGGUACAAUGGACAGGAGGUCUAUGUGAAAGUUGCUGAUCCACUGGGCUAUAACAUCACCGAAAUGAUCGCUCCAGAGAACAUUCUUUACUGUGGUCUGCUGAAAGACUUGCAAAAGCCGCAGGUACACCAGGCAAGAAGCAAUUCAUCGGCUCAUGCCACAGCUCGAUGGAGUGCCAGGCUUCUCGCAACCGUGUCACUGAUUGUCGCAGCUGUGAUUUUCAGUUAAAUAUGUGAAAUUUUCUGAGGACAUGUUAGUUAGGAAUUGUGGGGAUCGAUAGGAAAUAUUACAUGCGGAUGUCAACCAUAUACAGAUCGUAACAGGAAAAAGUUCUAGUUUUCCCUACAGAUUCUGAUGGUGACUCUAAGCUCUCUGAGCAAAGAACAUCUUGAGAAGCCAUUUGCGCAAAGACCAAAAAUUUGACACUUGGAAAUGAAAAUGCUGUUGAUGUUGUUACUUCUCUUUAUAUUGGGCUUGUCACUUCA